GUGUUUGCUCCGCUUCUUCCAGCCAUUGCUGUCUCAAACCAAGGAAGGAUCCUUGACUUUGGGAUACAGCUCCUGUCUUCACUGCGUGUUUCCGGUCGGACCAUUAACGACGUGACACGGUCCGUCUCGCAAACAUCCGCCGCUGUUUGCAGGAUUAUGAAAGCAUGACUAGUGACUAACUACUUUAUAACUACGCCAGUGAACGCAAGCGAACAGAUGGCCCUGUUUGGAUGGCUUAUCUAGGACCUCGGCUGGGACCGUCACGCAUUUUUAUCCCCGGUGUGUCCGCGUUCAGACUCCUCGGGAUGGCCGACAUGGGUCUGUCGAUGAGUCGUUCCCCGCUCGAGCGGCUCGACUUUGACAACGUCGCUCUCAAGAAACUUCCCCUAGACCCGUCCGAGGAGCCGGGGGUGCGGCAGGUGAAAGGAGCGUGUUUCUCCCGGGUGAAGCCGCAGCCGGUGACCAAGCCUCGGUUCGUGGCUGUGUCACAUGAAGCCCUGGCGCUGCUGGGGCUCAACGGAGAGGAGGUCUUAAACGACCCGCUAGGGCCAGAGUACCUCAGCGGGUCCAAAGUCAUGCCUGGAUCCGAGUUCGCCGCUCACUGCUACUGCGGCCACCAGUUCGGCCAGUUCGCCGGACAGCUUGGCGACGGGGCGGCCUGCUACCUGGGGGAGGUGAAGGUGCCGCCCGGCCAGGAUCCAGAACUGCUGCGGGAAAACCCGAGCGGCCGGUGGGAGAUCCAGGUGAAAGGAGCCGGGCUGACUCCUUACUCCAGACAAGCUGAUGGCCGCAAGGUCCUGCGCUCCAGUAUAAGAGAGUUCCUUUGCAGCGAGGUGAUGUUCUUCCUGGGCGUUCCCACCACCAGAGCCGGCUCCGUAGUCACCUCUGACAGCAGGGUCGUAAGAGAUGUGUACUACAGCGGGAACCCUCGCAACGAAAGAUGCUCUGUGGUCCUCCGUAUUGCUCCCACCUUCCUCAGGUUUGGAUCAUUUGAGAUCUUCAAGCCGGCUGACGAGUUCACAGGCCGCCAGGGGCCCAGCUAUGGACGUGAUGAGCUCCGCGGUCAGAUGAUGGAUUAUGUCAUCGAGAUGUUUUACCCUGAGAUCCAGCAGAAUCACCCAGAUAGGGUGGAGAGAAACGUGGCUUUCUUCAGAGAGGUGAUGCUCCGCACGGCUCGCCUCGUGGCUCAGUGGCAGUGUGUCGGUUUCUGCCACGGAGUCCUGAACACAGACAACAUGAGCAUCCUGGGACUCACACUGGACUAUGGUCCAUAUGGCUUCAUGGACAGGUUUGAUCCAGAUUUCAUUUGCAACGCCUCAGACAACUCCGGCCGAUACUCCUACCAGGCCCAGCCGGCGAUCUGCAGGUGGAACCUGAUGAAGCUGGCGGAGGCUCUGGCUCCAGAGCUGCCACCAGACCGGGCUGAGGCGGUCCUAGACGAGUACCUGGAUCUGUAUAACGGCUUCUACGUGGAGAACAUGAGGAAGAAGCUGGGCUUAUUAAAGAAGGCCGAGCCUGAGGACGAGAUCCUGAUCACCGAGCUGCUGCAGGUCAUGCACAACACAGGUGCUGACUUCACCAACACUUUCCGUAGCUUGAGUCAGAUUUCCUGUCCCUCUGAGGAAGAAAGUGAGGGAGAAGAGGAGCUUGUCAAGAAAGCCACAGACCUCCUGCUGGAGCAAUGCGCCUCCUUAGAGGAGCUCAAGGCCGCCAGUAAGCCCACUAUGGAUCCACGUGAGCUGGCAAUGUUGCUCUCAAUGGCCCAGAGCAACCCAGCUCUGUUCCAGAUGAUCUCAGAUAGGACAACAAUUGCCAGGCAGUUAGACAAACUGAGCAGACUGAAAGACCUGAUGGAGACGAGCCAGGAUGAGCUGAAAACCAAACAAGGGGAGGACUGGAGCCACUGGAUCACACGCUAUAGGAAGCGUCUGGCUCAGGAGCUGGAAGGACAGAGUGACGUGCGGGCGGUGCAGGAGGAGAGGGUGAGGGUGAUGGACAGCACCAACCCUCGCGUGGUGCUCAGGAACUACAUCGCCCAGAAUGCAAUUGAGGCUGCUGAGAAUGGAGACUUCUCCGAGGUCCAGCGGGUCCUCAAAGUCCUGGAGAAGCCUUUCUCAUCGCAGCCAGGUCUGGAGUUUCCUGCAUGGGGGGCCGGAGGGGAGCCCUCCGAACAGGGAGAGAGGGAUGAAGGAGAAGAGCAACAGCAAGAGGCGGCGUCUUCAUCCACAGCCAGAAACCCUGUUCCCUAUGACAGCAAGCCCCCAGCUUGGGCCAAUGAAAUCUGUGUCACAUGAUCUUCAUAAUGACUUCCUUGAUUUCUUGCUUUCCUGCCUGAAGCCAUGAGAGAGUUAACUGGUCUUCCAGUUCAUAUAUUUUGUACCUGUUAUGUCUUUUUUCCGAUCACUGUACAACUCUCUGUGACUCUGACAGGCAGCGUCAGGGAAGUUAGCAUGAGGCACAACACCCCAUAGGCUACCUGGAUUAACCAAAGCGGACAGGAAGUGAGUUUUUAGUGGUAUAAAUGCAUAUAAUUAUAAAUAUGUUUCUGUGUCAGGUGAGAAAUGUUUUUACCCCAAUCUGAAAUGUGCCAGAAAAUUACUGUGAAGUGAUUACUUUUUUUCCACUAGUUGAAAUUUCUGCAUAAAACAGGAUAUUACAAUGUGCAUUAACAUAAAAAAAACGACUUAAUAUGAGGAGUUUAAUGCAUGGCUGUUUUUUAAAAUGGAAUUUUUUAGGAAUGCCCUUAAAUUCAACAUGCAUUAAGCAGAGAAAAACAAGAAAAAGUGCAGAUUAUGAAAGAUGUAAAAAUCAUAUUUUUGACUUUACAAAGAAGCCUCUCCGCUCGUUCCCUGCCUGCUUGGUAAUUUCAUGGUAAGCUAUACAUGACGACUCAGACAACAAGUCCUACAGGGACCUGUCUGACUCUGACAAAUGUGGGGUGUCACUUCAACAUAUACCAAAUAAUGAGUGUGUGUGUGAGAGAGAGAUGAUUAUGUUUUUUUUAGGAAUGUGUUUGGGUGAAAGGGAUUGCUUGCACUGAAUCCAGUUAGCCGCAACAGUAAAACACGCACAAGUUAUUGUUCUAUAAUAGAAAAAAUUGCCUUUUGCCUCUGUCAUAUCUCCACUUUAUAAUACGCACAGAACCACAAAUACACCUGACCACUUUUGCUAUCUAACGUGUUGAGGAAGCCACAAAACUACAGUUGAUCUCUAAUCAUGGAAAGAGAAAAAAAAAAGGAACCGCUUGUUCUAUUUGACUAUUUUAGUCGGCUUGUGGCAAUGCAAACUUCUGCAGGGGAAGUUUAUUGCACAUUGUGCCGCAAAUGUGAUGCUAUCAUGUGGUUUUGUGUAAAGGGAAAAAACAUGAGCGCCAUUCAUGAAUUUAUUUUUAUUGUGAUGCCUCUGCACUAAAUAUAAUUGCUGUAUUUGAACAAAUCUGUUUGGCAAAUAAAUUUAGAUUUGUUGGCAAAAUGAGGCUGUUAAAGCUGGAACUUGACACAAGAAAUGACAGAAAUGGGCAUGAAAUGAGAUUAUGUUCCAGAUUUUUAUUUUUCCUUAAUAAAUGUUAACUGAAUGGUUGAGCUCUUCCUCAGCUGUAGGCUUAAUAUAUCCUAAUAAACUGAGCAGCCAAUA